AUGGCCAAGCUGGCAGCUAUGGAGCAGGGAGCAGUGUUUCGCUGCCAGUUGGACCAACUGCUAACUCAGGCUGGUUCCUCGCUGGCACUAUCAUCACUCCCAGCAUUGUCCCUUUACCACUCUGGAAGGGAGAUGACCCCACACCUUCCUGAAGGUAUUUUGGGUCACGUGCUUGUGGGUCCUCCACCUGGGGAUGCUGCCAUCCUCCUGGGAGGCUUCAACUUUCAUGUGGGCAACAACAGUGGCAAACAUAAAGAAAAGCCCUACAGUGACCCUAAGAAGAGCUCAAAAAAGAGACAUGCUGUCACCACAGUGAACCUUGUUCUACUGGGAAUGUCUGGGACUGGAAAGAGUGCCAGUGGGAACACCAUCCUUGGACAGAAACUCUUUGUUUCUAGACCCAGUUCAAAGCCGGUCACCAAAAAGUGCCAGAUGGAAGAAACUGAGAGAGAAGGUGUACACUUACAUGUGAUUGAUACUCCUGACAUCUUUGAUGAUGACAUGAAAUCAUCAGUUAGGGACAAACAUGUGAAAAGGUGCGAACAGCUCUAUGAGUCAGAACCCUUUGUGUUUGUACUUGUGAUGCAUGUGAGCAGAUUUACAGAUGGUGAGAGAGACAUUAUGGAAAAGUUAGAAAAAGUUUUUGGGAGGGAAGCUGGAGAACAAACAAUUAUCCUGUUCACCCGAGGAGACGACCUACAACAGGCAGGACUGGGGUUGGAGGAUUUUUUACAUACCUGUCAACCUGAUCUGAAGAAAAUACUUGAAAAGUGUGGCAACAGGUGUGUUCUCUUUGAGAACCACAGAUCAGAUUCAGCUCAAGUGGAAACGCUAAUGGACAAAGUGAUCAGGGUGACAGAAGAAAAGCAAACAUGA